AUGGAGCUGUCCCCAGAAGAUUGUGAUCAUUGCCACGACGUUACCAAACAAUUGCUGGACAUCACUCUGCACGAUUGCCAGGAACUUGGGUUGGAAAGGAUGUAUGACGCCAACCAAGCAUGUCUUGAUAAGAAGCGCUGGAAAAGACUUCAAUCACAUUCAGAGUUUACAGUAUACGCUGAUCGUAAUGCCAACUCGGCGUGGCUUCCGACAAUGAGCCGUCAAGACUGGGAAUAUCCCAUUGCAGUGACAGCAGUGGGUCGAAUGAAUUGCACGCUAGACGACGUACUUUUCGCUCUGCUAACUCCAAAUGCUGCCACUCAACGAUUGCGGGAUUUUCUGAUGGAUCGAAACCCUGGAAAGAAUUGCCAGUUCAUUCCAAUUGAGAUGCCCACGCAAGAAGCUCCUUUUCAAUUUCUUGCCGUGACACGGUUUAUCACUUUAAACAUUUGGCCAUUCACAAUGUUCAAGGCGCCGCGAGAAAUGGUUGUGGCUUUUGCAACGGGGGACAUGACUACAGCAAAUGGAAAACGUUAUGCCUACGAAAUGGCGCAAUCUGUUGAGUUGCAAUGCAAAGGCACGCAAAACAGUCUCAAACGACGUUCACGCGCCCUACAGUCCCGUAUAUUUUGGGAGCAACGUGAUGGAUCAAUUGCUGUCUACACGAAACUCAUAGUUGACGCGAAGAUUUGUAUAUCGGAUUCCGUCAAGCAGAUAAUGCUAGGUCGAGCAGUGAUGGGUUUCUGGAAAUUUGUGCCACGCAGUCUCGAAACAAAGAAGUUAUGGUGGUGUGUGAGGAACAAGAAGCGGUUGAUAGCUCAGCUUCAAAUUCACUCCCAGUCUCAACGUUUAGCAGAAGUUGCAAGUUGUAAAGGCAAGUUGCAAGGCAAAGAAAUUGCAGCGAGUAGAUGUGAGUUUUGCGACAGGAAGCUGUGCAGUGGACCCAAGUGCUGUACAUCCUGUCACCUCAAGAUGGUUCUAAGCAAUGAAACAGGCAUUCUCGAGCAGACAUUAACACUUUGUCCACGUUGCGCGGCAUUUGUGAGAGCUCUGAACGCGGUUGAUAUUGCUCGUGCGCUGUUAGUUGAAAGUGAACGGACCUCGUAUGGUAGUGGUGUAUCCAUCACAAAGACGUCGUCGGCUAAUAAGAUGUCUCCUCUUUGA